AUGUCUAUUGUAAACACAACUGAGUGUAUUAUCUGUUAUAAUGAAUAUGACACUGAAUCUCGAAAACCUUGCAUCGGAACAUGUGGUCACUCAAUUUGCGAACACUGUAAACAUCAAAUGCUCUCAUCAAAAUGUCCGCAGUGCAAUCGAGAAGAAGCGUUCGCAAUCACAACAAUUAAUUAUCAAGUUCUAGAAUUAAUUAAACAUUUUCGAAGUAUGCAAGCGGGUGAAUCAUCUGGCUCACGAUCUCUAUUAGACGAUGCAAAAGGUCUCGACGAAGGUGUGUGUAGUGAAUGUACAUUACGAUCUCGAAAACUACGUCUGUGUGUCACUUGUGCAGUAAACGCGGGUGUAUUGAAGCAUGACGACAACAAAAAGGAAUUUGUAUUGAAUGUCGAAAACAAUGAUAUCGAAGCUGCCCUUCAGAAAGCCAAGAAAAACGCGAUUUGCGGUGAUUGUGCACUCGACGGAGUGCUGCACGAAGGCCACAAAACUAUGCAAUUGGCAGUUUUGAAAAAUAGUUUGGAGGAUAGAGUGCCGGCGACAGUAGAAGAUAAAAUGAAAAAUAUGGAAAAAAAUGCUCAAAAAGUAUGCGAUGAGCUUCAAAAGGGAUUCAAUGAGGCUAUAGGCUCAUUGAAGAAUUAUUUUCAGCAGUAUACUGCUUUGCCAUCAAACGAACGGAAAAUACAUUUCAAUAAUGUUGAAGCGAGCAUAGAGAAGAUAAAUGACACGAUGUCUUUGACCAAAGAUGCAGUUAAAAGACUUGAAAUAUUGAAUAACGAGUUUCACGAGAGCGCGGAUAUUGUUAAAACGAAUUCUAAAGCUGUGACGAAAGCCGCAACGAUGUUCGCCACAAUGGACCCGGUUCUUGUUGCUGGUCUCGUUUAA